AGAAUCAAGUCGGAUGUGAAACAAUUCGAUUGUCACCUCUCGCAUUUACUUACACUAUACUUUUAUUUUUUUUUCUCGUCGUUCAGUUUUAUGUAUCUCUCACUCUUUCUUCUGUGUGCGCUGUUGUUUAAAAACGAUUUUUCUCACAAUUUCAAUUAGCAAUAUAUAUAUAUAUAUAUAUACACACAUUUAAAUACAUGCAUGUAUUUCAACGAUUUCAACGACAAAAAAAAUACACACAUAUAUAUAUUAUGCAUAAAUAUAUAUAAAACAAAACAAAUCGGUCUCUAAUAAAUACCAAAAAAGAAGUAAAAAAAAAAAACAAGAAAAACCAAGUAUAUUUGUAACCACAUUAUAAACUAAAAUUCGAAAGAUAAAUAUCAUUCGUUUUCGUCGCGUGUGUACCUCAGUUCUCAGCAACUUCUAUUCUAUUUCUUUUUUCGUGCUCACUUCUUUAUUUUCAUUUUUCAACAAAUCAAAAAACCACAAAUAAAAAAGAAUUAAACCAAAAAUAAUAAAAACAAAAUGAAAUUACAAUAAACAACGAAAAAUUAUAUUUGAAAAAGCAAACACAACACAACCAAAAGAAAAAGAUGGUGAUGAUGAUGAAAAUGAAUCGUUUUUAACAACACAAGAAAAAUAAAAUAAUAAAACGAAAAUAUUUUUUUGGGAUUUGAAAUUGUUUUUAUAUGCAUAAUUAAAUAAAGCCAGAGAAUAAGUGAGGAGCCUGUGAAAAGAUAUAACAAGUUUUAUAUAGAUAUAAAUAAGUCAAUUUUGUUGGUCAAUUAUUAUCGAAAGACAAACACUCAAACUUUGGAAUUGUCCAAGAAUAACAACAACGAAAAUACAGAAGAAACGCAAUUUUUGAGACGAUAGAGGAAAAAGGAAUGCAGAAGUGUUUUCUCAUUUUUUUUUUUUUCAAGCGAUUGAAUCGAGAAUCGAGUGAAAGGAAAGCAACAAAUAAAAACGAAAAUUUUCUCGGAAAGAAAACGCAACUAUCGCAACAGAUACGCACAUGAAAUGUGCACGUCAUAAUCUCCGCGUGCUCGAAACCAAAACCACACCAUACAACCAAACAAAGCAAGCAAGCAGCAACAACAAAAACAACAACAACAACAAACAAACAAAAAACAAAAACUCCAACAAAUUUUUUAAUUAUUUAAAAGUGCCAUUUAAAAAAAAAUUUGAAACAUCGAAAAAAGCAAUAUUACCCUUUUAUAUUUAAGUUAAAUUAAUAUAAAAAAGAAGAAGAAGAAGAAAGCAAAACAAAUUAUUACAAAAAGAAAAAAGGAAGAAAACGACAACGACGAUUGAUGCUAAGCAAAAAAAAAAAGAAACCAUACACACAUACACAAAACCCAACUGGGAAUAAAAGGAAAAUUUAUAUGUAAAUAAAUGAGACUUUGAUACUUUGUGUUGAAAUACCAUUGGAUUAUAUUGUGCAGUUGAGUUUUUCGUGCUUAUUUUUUUUUCUAUUUGUCUGCUGUGGUGUGAACGCCGUAUAAACGAUACAACGAAAUCAUCGAAAAAGGAAAAGAAGAAUACCAAAGACAGUGAAAGAGAGUGAACGCGAAAGAGAGAAAAGUGUGAACGAGCGAGCGAGUGAGAGUGAUAGAGAGUGAGUUUUGCCAUUCAAAUUUCGUAUUUGAUUUCGAACAAUGCCUCGUUGUUUAAUGGCAAAAAAGUGGAAAGCUUAUCCGUGGCAAGACCGUGCUGAGAAUACCGUAACAAAUCAACAAAUAUCUGAGAUUACCGACACGGUAGUGAUAACUACUGGUACUGAAUCGAAUAUCAUCGAUACAGUUGCAGCGACUUGUGUCAUUGAAGAGGACGAGGAGAUUGACGUUGUGGGCGAUUCACCAAAUGCUUCAUCGUCAUCGAUUGUGGUCAUCAACAGCAGCAAUAGCAACAACCACAGCAGCAGCACCAGCAGCUACGCUGCAAACACUGAUACACAGCAGCAGCAGCAACAGAACACCAACAAUUCAUCGGUAAUUGUUGGCAAAACAUCCGUCAUUCCGACUUGUUGGGGACCAUCAUCGCCUACUGCUGGUACAACUGCCGAAGAAGCGCAUUCUUCUGAAGGAACUACACGCGGUGGUUCCACGAUUUUAUAUAACGGUUACGGACAAGAUAUUUCGAUGCAUUUUACUGCUUAUUUGCCGCGUAUGGAACACGAAUUGGCUGUUACAUCCAAAUCUGAUAAUCAGUCAACGGCCAUAAAUACGAAUAGCAACAACGCUAUUACAUCGCAUCCAAAUCAGCAAGCCACAUCAGUGAUUCCAACAGGUGAAUAUUGCCAGCAGCAAAAGAAUCUAACGAUGCCGAUCGUAACGACUCAGCAUCCGUUGCAACGGAAAUCGUUGUCGAUGUGCUUCACAAGCACUGGAGCCACACUGUCACUUCCGCCAAAGAAAAAGGAUAUCUAUCGACCAUACUCGUUAGACGAUAAACCCACGCAACGACCCUAUGGUCUGCGAAUACCAGCCGAAGAAGAUUUGCACGCUGCUCAUGCCAUUUUGGAUCUAAGUGCAUCGACUGCUUUCCUACCGCCACGAAAUUUACAGCAGCAGGAGCCACAUCAUCAACCGGAACAACAGCAGCAACAGCAGCCACCACAUUCAAGCAUUUUAGCAGCUACAACCACUGAACCGAAUCAAAGUCAGCACCAAUCGAUGCACAGCGUGCAAUUGCAGCACCAGCGUAAACCGGCUGGUUCACCACACCUGACCGUACCUGAUGAAGAAUGUUAUAAGAAGCAGGCGACCAAUGUGCUGAUAAACCAAAAUUUAAAAUACACUAAUUCAAAGGCAAAUCAAACGGAUGCAAACAUUCAGAAUGAGAACAACAACAAUUUGACAAAUGUGCUUAUGAAAUCGAAAACAACCGGUCCAGUGACUGCCACAAAGCAAAUCGAUCGAUCGAAACGUACGCUGGACAAUGGUAGCAGCCACAACAACAAUAACAAUAACAACAACAACAACAAUGACAACGAUAAUGAUGAACUAAUUGAAACGGCCAAUUCACGAACAGUUGCGUACACAUAUGAGGCGUUCUUUGUGAGCGACGGCCGCUCCAAACGGAAAUCGAACCCGGAAAGUUUGGGAACGAACACCGAAGUUCUCAAUGCGAUAGAUAAUAAAUCAAAAUACACGUGCACCGAAUGCGGCAAACAGUAUGCAACAUCCAGUAAUUUGUCGAGACAUAAGCAAACCCAUCGCAGUUUGGAUUCACAGUCGGCCAAAAAGUGUAUGACAUGCGGAAAAGCGUACGUUUCGAUGCCGGCACUCGCAAUGCACGUACUCACGCACAAACUGUCACAUAGCUGUGGCGUUUGUGGCAAACUAUUUUCGCGACCAUGGCUGCUGCAAGGCCAUUUACGCUCACACACUGGCGAAAAACCGUACGGUUGUGCGCAUUGCGGCAAAGCGUUUGCCGAUCGGUCAAAUUUGCGAGCACACAUGCAAACUCAUUCGGCUGAUAAGAAUUUCGAAUGUCAACGAUGCCACAAAACGUUCGCCCUGAAAUCUUAUCUGAACAAACAUUUGGAAUCGUCUUGCUUUAGCCAUGAGAAUGAUGUCAAUGGAACUGUUGCGCCACCAAAUGCACUCUCAAUGGACGAUAAUUCAUCGAAUGGAAGCACUAACAAUACCAUAACACUGCAUUGAAGUCAUUCUCGAUGAAAAAACCGAAGAAGAAAAGGAAGAAGAAGAAAAGGAAGAAGAAGUAGAAGGGAAAAAACUGCUCAUUCCGUCGAACGAACGUAUUGUAUCUAUUGAUCAGAGACUGAUUCAUGUGACGUUGCGCGUACGUACACAAAACACAUUCACACACAUACACUAUUGUUAUUAUAUUUGGAGUUUUGGAGGCGAAACCCGAGAGCCGCAUCAGCAAACGAAAUAAUGAUAGAAUGGAAAAGAGAGGCCAGUCAGGGAGCAAGAAGAAAAAAGCAGCAGCAAAACGGAAAACGGAUAAGAAUGGCGAAAUUUUUUUUAUCUAUCAGCAGCUGAUAAAAAACCACACAAUGGACUCACUGUGAAUUUUGGGGUGGGUAACAAAAUUACCUUUUCACCUAGUAUAAGUAAACUUUAAUCUAAAGGAUAUAGUAGACAGACUAAAAAAAGGCUAAGCAGCACACAAAAUGAAUGCGUAUUUUUCAUUCUUCCUUUUUGUUGAUUGUUGAAGAAAUGAGAAAAACAAAAAAUAAACAUGAAACCACACCAUUGAAACCAAUUAAUGAACGUUGUGCAUGUGGUUUUUGCGAUGGUGUAAAUGGAAAAUAAUAAUAAAAAAAAAAACACUAAACUAAGUCAAUUUGUUGAACAGAAAAGUGAGAACAGAAGCAAUUAAACCAAAUUUUUACGUUUUGAGAACUGAGAUAUAAGGGACACAAAAACAAAUUUAUUGCGAAUGAAAAUAACUAGAACAGAACAAAAAACUGAGCUGCAAACAAACGUAGCUUGAUAAUUGAAACAAAAAUUAAAACUAACGUAGAACUAAAUAAAAAAAAAAACAAAAAAAACAGUUGAGCGUAGAUUUCUGUUUGCUCCAGCAAUUGUUAGUCACUUUUAUUUUGAUGCAUUUAGGUGUCUGAAGCGAAUUAAACAAAAAACCAAGCGUUAAACAUAAACAAGACAGUUUUUUUUCUGGUAGAAUUUAAACAAAAUAAAAAUAAAACGUAGGAAUUUAGCACACAUUUUGUAGGUAUAUUCAAAGUUCCACUGUGAAUUCCAAAAUCAACGAGACAAAGUAUGGCAAAUCGAACAUACAACGAACGAAAAUGAAAAUGAAAUUACACUAAACAAACAAGCAAUAUUUGAAUAGAAAGCAAUAUCAAUUCAUCAUGUGUUAAAGUGAUAGCAGUUGAGUUUUUCUUUUCUCGUUUCUUUUCAAGAAAUUAAAGGAUAGAGUUCACACAAAGCAUAUUCCAGAGAAGUAUAAAUUAUUAUGUAUUGUAGUAUUAUGUGAAUUAAAAAGAACAAAAAAAAGUUUGAAAUUUGAAAGCAGAACAAAAAUUAUAUACUCUAACAAAAUAACAAACAGUAACAACAACAACAACAACAACACGUUGAAUAGCAACAGUAAAUGCAUGGCAGCAAUUGCAAAUGCAAUAAGCAAUUAUUAAACAUUAAAUUAGCGAUUAUUAUGAUUGACAACAAACUUGAAAUUGUGAGAUUUUAGUUCGAAUAAUUUGAGACGCCAAAGAAGAUACAAUACUUGACAACGAUUUACACAGAAAAUAACAGAUACAGACACACACACACACACACACACAGAGACGCAGAGAGAAAGAGACAAGCAAAGAGUGACGGAAAAAAUACGCAAAAUAUGUGUCGUAUUUAUCGUUCGAUAGAUCGUCGACCAAUUCCAUUUACACAUUCGAGUGAAAUUGAAUGUUAAAAAUAAAAUCAAGCCAUUAUUCACAAUAAACCAAAACAACUUUCGAUAACACAGAUCGCAUCUCCGCAAUGGAUAUAACAAAUAUACCAUGCAUCGAAUAUCAUUGCAAUAGCAAACAACACAUACACUCAUACAAACCAACAACAAUGAUUUACAACAAGAGCAUUUCUAUUGUUUAUAUGCGCACUCAAACGCGAGGAUAUUGUGUUAACAAACUUAGAUGACAAAUGAAUAGACACAGCUCUAAAAGAGAUGAAGUAAUAAAAGGAAAGAAAAAGAAAAACAAAACAAAAAUACAAAUAAAACAUUACAGUAGUUUCUAACUCACAGUACUAUUUAUGAUUAGACUUUUAACAAAAGUGAGGAUUGUUCAGUUUGAUUUUCUAGAUUGAUUUGUAGGUGCAAUAGAAACGAGCACAUUAAAAUGAAAUUACUAGCGAAAACAAAGUAAUUGAAUUGAACGAAACAACAAGCGUUAGAGACAAGUGAUCACAAUUAUAGCUUCUUUAGUUUCUCAUAAAUGCAUCACGCAGUGAAAGGGCUCAGCCCUGUGCUUGUACCAAUUACUACUUCCUUGAAAAAGAAGAAAAACUUAAAGAAAAAUAUCAGAAAUCAGAACUCAAACAGCAUCUGAUUCCUUUUUUUCUCGAUCAAUUUCAAUUAUUAUGACGCAAUAAUUCAAUUCGUUUACAACAAACACAACUAGAUUUGUAGUCUAUAUAUUUUCAGCAAAUCAGAUUAAAUGAGAGAUGAUAGUUGAUCUCACAACUCGUAGUGAUUUUUAAACAACAACAACAAAAAACAAUUAUUAUAGUUUACAAAUUCACAAAUACACAUAAACCCACACACAAGAGAUCAAAUGAUAUUUAAGGGGGGUUUUUUAAUGGAGGGCGGCGGUUUAGAUUAGCCGACGUUAUUUUAGACAAAUUUGGGCUGAAGAUCAGUUCACGUAUUUAUUGACCAAUGAAUUGAUCAUCGGAAACAACGGCUUUGUUUCCGGGAAACAAUUUCAAAUGCACUCAUCGCAUACAUAUACAUUUUAUAUGUAUGCUAUUUGAAAUAAUUCCGAUAAUUUUGAUGAUUUUCUCUUUCGUUCGUAGCCGAGAUAUAAGUAAAAACUAAAAUAGAAAAAAAAUCAAGAGUUUAUGCGAUGCAUGCAAAUUUUUACAAAGUUUUUGUUUGAACCGCAAAUGCGCAAUAUGUAAUUUAUUCCUUCCUUAAUUCAACAUGCCGAAUGUCGGAGCUCAAAAGCUUUGGACACAAAACUGAAAAAUAAGAUUCAAUACAAAACAAAAAACGAUUUUUCAAUCGCCAUUUUACUUUGCAUGUUUUUAAAACGUCUAAUUUUCUAAACAAUUUUCAUAGAAAAACAAAAUUUUUAUUCACAUUUAAAGAAAAGAAGUAUUAUUUUAUUCAAUUAGCAUUGAGCAGUUUAGUUAAUCCGCCCCAUCUACAUACUAUUUAUUUAGUUUUAGUUUUAGUUUUAAUUUAACAAAUGCACGUAGAUAUCAUUAAAUUGCCACUUGAGCCGGCAUCAGGCAGUUUCACCUUUCAAAUCUCCUGUUUGCCAUUCGAAACGCUUUUUUCCUUCUUUUUCUCCUCACUUCAUUCGUCAUAUUCGGAAGUUGAGUAACUGCGAGUCACGCAUUGAAAUGCACAAACCAUUGACCAAUAUAUAUAUAUAUAUACAUAUGUAUAUAUAUAUAUAUAGAAGAAACGCCGCGAACGAAACGGCAUUGCUCGUGGAGAGGAGAUGGAGCGUGAUGUCCAUGCCAGCAAAAGCGGCGAAUAAGCCAAAAUAAAUGAAUUUUGUUUAAUCUUGUCAAUUGAUUAGUGUGUAGAAGACUCUAUAAUACUGCUAUACUCAUACACUACUGUAAACCUAAGGAGAUCAAUUAAACGAGACAACCAAACAACAACAGCACUGAAAAAGAGUUAAUAGAGAAGAAAAAAAAAAAAGAAAUGGGAUAACGGGAGAGGAACAAAAAAAAAUUAUAUGAUAUAUUUAGCAAAUAGAAGGUCAAACACCGUAGACAUUAGCAUUUAUUAACAAUUCCAAUGUGGAAAAAUUAUGAAAGUAUGAAUAAAAAUCACAAUACGUCCAAUUUCUUCAAGUCAAUUUGAAGGUUAUGAAAAUGAUUAUUUUCACUAAAAAAUGAGAGAAAAAAAAAACAAUUACAAGCAUUACAUUUAGAGAAACAAAAAUAAAUAAAUAAUAAGAAAUAAUAAACAAAUUACGUAGAGCCUUUUAUAAAAAAAAAAUAAAAAAAUGAAUAACACUUGAAAGUAAAACUUAUAAAAGAAUACCGCUCUGUUUUUGAGCAAACUGACCACAAAAGAAUUAAAAAAUAAAACAAAACAAAAUGUUGCGACAUAUAGCUUUUUAUUUUAAGCAGCUAGUCUUUAAUACUCAAGAAAUGGGUCAAUUAAAAACCUUUAAAACAGAGAAUAAACCAUAAGUUUUAAACGAACAUUUGUCAACACUCAAGUAAUGCAACAGUUCUAAGUGCUUGCAUCCGAAAGUAAACAAUGAACAACCAAAAAAAUAAAAGAAAACAGCAACAAUAAAAACUAUACACAUCCGUUCGUGUUCGGACCGCUCACAUACAUACACACUCAC